AUGGCCAGUGCACAGCAGAACGAUUGUGGGAGUGUCGCAAACCUCCAAUGCACAUGCCGCAGCCCCCAAUUCCUCUCCGACACGAGGGCAUGCCUUGAGACGCGGUGCUCGAGGGAGGAAGUCGAAGCCGUGGAGAGGGUUCAGAGGGAGAGUUGUGCAGCUGCCGGCUUCCCCCUCCCCCCAACACCCCCACCUCCACCCCGCAGUCUGACGGACAUCCCAACACUCGCUCCCUCAACCACCGCCACCGCCACACCUAUCCCCUCGGCGGAGCCUAGUGCGAGCGAUACACCCAACGAUCUAGAGGAAGACGAAGAGGGAGGAGCAGGUCGGAGCGCACGUGCAGGCUGGGACAUGACUCGGAUGAUAAUUUUCGGAGGGGUACUAGUGGGAUUCGCUGGGUCGUUGGUGUAG